AUGGCCGUGCCCGCAGACCAGCGCAAAAAGAUCCUCAAGGUCUUGAUGACCUCGCUGCUUCUAGACCUGAUAUCAUUCACAUUUAUCCUCCCCCUCUUCCCCUCGCUCCUAUCUUUCUACCGCGAGCGCGACCCCUCCCCGUCCUCGCCUCUGAAUGUGAUCUUUCACUACCUGAACGCGUACAAAAACGCCUUCGCCAAACCCAUCGACUCCCGCUACGACAUCGUCCUCCUCGGCGGCGCGCUCGGCUCCCUCUUCUCCCUCCUCCAAGCCAUAGCCGCGCCCUUCAUCGGACGUCUGUCAGACAAAUAUGGCCGGCGCAAGGCACUGCUGGCCUCAAUGGUCGGAAAUACACUCAGCGUUGCGCUGUGGGUCGCGGCUACAGAUUUCCGGACCUUCCUUGCUUCUCGCGUUGUCGGUGGACUGAGCGAGGGCAAUGUGCAGCUUGCGCAUGCGAUCGCGACGGAUAUCAGUGAGCCCAGCCAGCGCGGGUCGACGAUGGCGCUGGUGGGUGCGUGCUUUAGUAUCGCGUUUACGUUUGGACCGGCGCUCGGCGCGUACCUAUCGGGUAUUGUUUCUGUCAAGGCGAAUCCGUUUGCGACGGCUGCGGGGGUUAGUUUGGCGUUGAUUCUGCUCGAGACGGUGUAUAUUUGGGGGUGUUUGCCGGAGACGCAUCCGAGACUUACCGGAGCUGCGAAGAAUGAGGAUGGGAAAAAGAAAGAGGAGGACGACAAGGCGAAGACAAAGACCUCCCCGCACAAGUACACCAAUAACCCGGCCGUUUUGAAUGUCCUUCACCUGCUUUUCCUCCUCCCCUUCUCCGGCAUGGAGUUUUCGCUUCCGUUCCUCACGGCGACCUUCUACACGAACAGUACCGCCUCCCCCGCGGCGCUUAACGGCCGUCUUCUUUCUACGAUGGGCCUCAUCGCCUCCCUGCUCCAAGGCACAGUCGUGCGCCGCCUUCCUCCCCUCCUCGUCGUGCGGAUCGGCGUCGUGAGCGCAACCAUAUCUUUCUUCCUGCUGUCCCGGGUGACAUCACUCGCCGGUCUGUAUACAGCCGCUAGUUUCCUCGCCGUCACGAGCGCAACCGUUGUGACGGGAUUGAAUGCCCUGGGGUCCUUGGAGGCGAAGGAAGAAGAGAGGGGCGUUGUCCUGGGACGCCUGAGGAGCUGGGGACAAGUUGGACGCGCGGCCGGUCCGGUGCUGUUCUGCAGUCUGUUCUGGUGGGUUGGGCGCGAGGUUGCGUAUCUCACGGGUAGUGUCGUUAUGGCUGGGGUCUGUGUUGGCGUGUUUUUGGGGUUGAGGGCCCCGGCUGUUUCCCCUUCUGCUGGAGCGGCUGCUGAGAGAAAGCGGGCAUAG